AUGAGGAAGAGUCCUGACAAACAUGCUGUGUGCUUUGCCUUCAGUAUGUUCCCAGAAAUGGAGGUGGAUUUCUUCACUGGAACUCAAGUGGACUCAGACAUCGCCUUCUAUUUCCGCGUGUACUUUGGCAAAGAGGUGGUGAUGAACAGCCGUCACGGUGGGACCUGGGGUGAAGAAGUGAGAUCCUCUGUUAUGACCUUUGAGGAUGGCCAACCCUUUGAACUGGACAUCUCUGUGCUGUCAGACCAGUACCGGGUAACAGUAAAUGGUGCCCCAUGUUACACUUUUACCCAUCGACUUGACCCAAACACUGUGAGGAUGAUCCUGGUGUGGAGAGAUGUGUCCCUGACCUCAGUGACUGUCACUUAGA